CCUAACCUGUUAAAAUUAAUGUCACAAAAAUAAAAUUAAAAUUGUAGAGGAAGGGAAACGUAAUGGUUUAGAUUUUAGAGCACGUGUGUAUUGAAGAUUAAUAAACCUGUCCUUUUUUAGUUGAAAAUAUUUAUAUAACAACAAAUUUUAAUUAAUAAACAUGCAGAAUCCUAAUGAAGAUACGGAAUGGAACGAUAUUCUAAGGCAAAAGGGAAUUAUCCCACAAAAAGAAAAAGAAAUUACAGAGGAACAAAUUGUAUCUAUUUUAGAAGAAACCAUUGAGAAAAAAACAGAUUCUGGCAAAAAUUUAUCAGAAUUAAAUUUGGAUGAACUAGAUGAACUAGAAGAUUCAGAAGAUGAAGCAAUCCUUCUAGAAUAUCGCCAGAAGAGAAUAGCAGAAAUAAGAGCGUUAGUUGAGCGUAAGAAAUUUGGAACAGUUUUAGAAAUUUCAGCACAAGAUUACGUCACUGAAAUAAACAAAGCUGGAGAGGGAAUUUGGGUGAUUUUACAUUUAUAUAAACAAGGAAUACCACUUUGUGCCUUAAUAAAUGAACAUAUGAGGUGCCUUGCUGCAAAGUAUCCUACUGUGAAAUUUGUAAAAUCCAUUUCUACCACAUGUAUACCAAAUUAUCCCGAUAAAAAUUUGCCAACAAUAUUUGUAUAUUUCGAAGGUGAACUGAAAAGUCAAACCGUAGGACCUUUAGAAUUUCGAGGUCCCAACUUAACUCAAGAUGAGUUUGAAUAUCUUCUUGGAAAAGCUGGGGCAGUAGAAACUGACAUUAAAGAAGAUCCUAGACCAAAAAUUAAGGACAAAUUGUUUACUGAUUUAGCCGACACAAAUGAUUGGUAGAAUAGAUUUAGAUUUUUUAAUGUGUUUAAAUAUUUAUUUAUGAAGUUAUGAAUUAUACUAACAAUUUAUUAUUUAUUAUGUUUUAAGUAUUUUUUUUUCUCUUUAUUGGCUUAUGAUUAUUAAUACAUGUUGAAUGUAAGCAGUUUGUUUUACAUUUUUGUUAGCUCUAAUAUUUUAUUAUUUCUGUAACUGAAACCAUUAUACGGUUAUUGUUCAAACUUAUUUUUGUUAGUGAAAGUUUAGUUUUACAAUCUUAUAUACAGGGUGUCCGGAAAUUCAUGCAACAAAAUUUGGUCACAGAUUCUUAAGACA